CACCACACAACAAUCUCGCACUACUACAUCUGCUAUCAAGACGUCGACCACCUGCCGGCACAGCAUAGAACCAAAAAAGAAUCGAACAGAGCAAGCCUAGCAACGCCCAUCCCACCCAGAAAAUGAGAGUCGCCAUUCUCGGAGCCACCGGCAAGACCGGCCAGGCUAUUGUCGACGGGCUGCUUGAGAGCACGACAACCAAGUUUGAACUCACGGCCCUGACCCGGCCCUCGUCCGUCGACAAGCCCGAGACCCAGGCGCUCAAGGCCCGCGGCGUCAAGAUCGUCCCCGUGGACCUGACCCCGAGUGCCUCCCUGUCGGCUCGCCAUAACAAGGCGAGCACCGAGCCCGCCCACGUCGACCGGGAGCUCGUCAAGAUCCUGACGGGCAUCGAUGUCGUCAUCUCGGCGACCUUCUUCCUGAACCUGGCCGAGCAGAUCCCGCUCAUCGACGCAGCCAAGGUUGCAGGCGUGGGCAGGUUUGUGCCUUGCAACUUCCAGACUGUGGCGCCGAGGGGCGUCAUGGCACUUGCCGAUGCGAAGUACGAAGUCCUCGACCACAUCCAGCGCAUCCGCCAGCCCUACACCAUCAUCGAGGUCGGGUGGUGGUACCAGAUCGCCCUGCCGCGCCUCCCCUCGGGCAGGUUCGACAACAACAAGCACAUUGUGUACACGGCCGCCGAGCUUGUCGUUGCCGACGCCGGCGAGGGCGAGGGCGGCAAGGCGUCCUCCUCCUCCAACUACCUUCCCUCGGCGCUGACGGACCUGCGCGACGUCGGGCGGUUCGUGGCGCGCAUCGUGGCCGACGGCGAGCGCACGCUCAACAAGUGCGUCUUUGCGUACGGCGAGGUCCUCACGCACAAGCAGCUCUGGGAUACCGUCGAGCGGCUCUCCGGGGAAAAGCUGGAGCGCAACGAGGUCACGCCGCAGAUGCUGGAGGAGCGCAUCGCCCAGGUCCCCGCGGACCAGCAGGGCAAGGUCGGCCUACCCUUGGCCGUGCACGAGUACCAGCGGUCCUGGGGCGUGCGCGGCGACAACACGCCCGAGAACGCCAGGUUCCUCGGGUUCCUGACCACUCGGGAGCUGUAUCCGGACUUUCAGGUCACGACGCACGAGGAGUUUGUCAAGGAUGCGCUCGCGGCGGCGGAGUAAGCGGCGGGUAAGGGAUCGGCUUGAGGAAGGUAGCGUAUGCAGGUCGGCUUCUUGUUCACAACGGACUGAUAAAGACAGAGGCAGCAGGGCGCAUACGUGGGCACGCGUGGGGCAUUCGAGAU